ACUGUUUUCCCAAACAAGAAGAAGAGGAAGCGCACCACGCAUUGAUAAACUUUCAGUUGUUUGUGAAAUUAAUAAAAUAAAGAAGAAUAAAUUGACCAAUAAGUAAUCAAAGAUGUCAAACAUAACGGCAGCGGUUAUAGCCAACCGCAACAAGAAACAUUUCCUUGGCGUUCCAGCUCCAUUGGGCUAUGUGGCCGGCGUUGGUCGCGGAGCGACGGGAUUCACCACCCGUUCCGAUAUUGGUCCAGCCCGUGAUGCCAACGAUGUGUCCGACGACCGCCAUGCGCCACCAGCCACCAAACGUAAGAAAAAAGACGAAGAGGAGGAGGAGGACGAAGACUUGAACGACUCAAACUAUGACGAGUUUAGUGGUUACAGCGGCUCCCUGUUCUCCAAGGAUCCGUACGACAAGGACGACGAGGAGGCGGACGCCAUCUACGAUUCGAUAGACAAGCGGAUGGACGAGAAGCGCAAGGAAUAUCGCGAUCGGCGGCUGCGCGAGGAUUUAGAGCGGUAUCGCCAGGAGCGACCGAAGAUUCAGCAGCAGUUCAGUGACCUGAAACGCUCGCUGGCCAGCGUCACCUCGGAGGAGUGGUCCACCAUCCCAGAAGUGGGCGAUAGUCGCAACAGGAAGCAAAGAAAUCCCAGGGCCGAGAAGUUUACCCCCUUGCCGGAUAGCUUGAUAUCGAGAAAUCUUGGCGGUGAAUCCUCCUCCACAUUGGAUCCGUCCUCGGGCUUGGCUUCCAUGGUGCCUGGUGUGGCCACUCCCGGCAUGUUGACGCCCACAGGAGAUUUGGAUCUGCGUAAGAUUGGUCAGGCGCGAAACACGCUAAUGAAUGUUAAGCUAUCGCAGGUUUCCGACUCUGUGACUGGUCAAACGGUGGUGGAUCCCAAGGGUUACCUCACCGACCUGCAGAGCAUGAUUCCCACCUAUGGCGGCGACAUCAACGACAUCAAGAAGGCACGUCUGCUGCUCAAGAGUGUGAGGGAAACGAAUCCCAACCAUCCGCCAGCUUGGAUUGCAUCUGCCCGUUUAGAGGAGGUCACCGGCAAGGUUCAGAUGGCCAGGAACCUGAUCAUGAGGGGCUGCGAAAUGAACAUCCAGUCCGAGGAUCUUUGGCUGGAGGCAGCUCGUCUUCAGCCACCGGAUACAGCGAAAGCGGUGAUCGCGCAAGCUGCUCGUCACAUUCCCACCUCUGUGAGGAUUUGGAUUAAAGCGGCUGACUUGGAAACAGAGACGAAAGCCAAGCGCAGGGUUUUCAGAAAGGCUCUCGAACACAUUCCGAACUCUGUUCGCCUGUGGAAAGCCGCCGUAGAGCUCGAGAAUCCCGACGAUGCACGUAUUCUACUUUCGCGAGCUGUGGAGUGUUGCAACACCAGCGUGGAACUCUGGCUGGCCCUCGCCCGUUUGGAAACCUACGAGAACGCUAGAAAGGUCCUAAACAAAGCUCGUGAGAAUAUACCCACUGAUCGACAGAUUUGGACCACAGCUGCCAAGCUGGAGGAGGCUAAUGGCAACAUCCACAUGGUGGAGAAGAUCAUCGAUCGUUCGUUGACCUCGCUGACCGUCAAUGGAGUUGAGAUCAACCGUGAUCACUGGUUCCAGGAGGCCAUCGAAUCGGAGAAAUCGGGUGCAGUCAACUGUUGUCAAUCUAUUGUAAAAGCAGUCAUUGGAAUAGGCGUAGAGGAGGAGGAUCGCAAGCAAACCUGGAUAGAUGAUGCAGAUUUCUGCGCAAAGGAGAAUGCAUUUGAGUGUGCACGAGCUGUCUACGCUCAUGCGCUGCAGAUAUUCCCCUCCAAGAAGAGCAUCUGGUUGCGGGCAGCCUACUUCGAGAAGAACCAUGGCACCCGUGAGUCCCUGGAGGCCUUGUUGCAGCGAGCCGUGGCCCAUUGUCCCAAAUCGGAGAUCCUCUGGCUGAUGGGUGCCAAAUCCAAAUGGAUGGCUGGAGAUGUGCCGGCCGCCAGAGGAAUUCUAUCGCUGGCCUUCCAAGCAAAUCCCAAUUCCGAGGACAUUUGGUUGGCAGCCGUUAAGUUGGAAUCGGAGAACUCGGAAUAUGAGCGGGCGAGACGAUUGCUGGCCAAGGCCAGAGGUUCUGCACCCACACCCAGGGUGAUGAUGAAAUCGGCUCGUCUGGAAUGGGCUUUGGAGCGUUUUGAUGAGGCUCUACGUUUGCUAGAAGAAGCCGUCGAAGUGUUUCCCGAUUUCCCCAAACUUUGGAUGAUGAAGGGUCAAAUCGAGGAGCAGCAGAGACGGACGGAUGAUGCGGCUGCCACGUACACGCAGGGCCUUAAAAAGUGUCCCACCUCCAUACCACUCUGGAUUCUAUCCGCCAAUCUGGAGGAGCGCAAAGGCGUGCUGACAAAGGCUCGUUCCAUUCUGGAACGUGGACGUUUGCGCAAUCCCAAGGUGGCUGUUCUCUGGCUGGAGGCCAUCCGGGUGGAAUUGCGAGCGGGUCUCAAGGAGAUUGCCAGCACCAUGAUGGCCAGGGCACUGCAGGAAUGUCCCAAUGCCGGAGAACUUUGGGCGGAGGCCAUCUUCAUGGAAACCAAGCCACAGCGAAAGACCAAGUCAGUGGAUGCCCUCAAGAAAUGUGAGCAUGACCCACAUGUACUUCUGGCAGUAUCCAAACUUUUCUGGUCGGAACACAAGUUCUCAAAGUGCAGGGAUUGGUUUAAUCGAACGGUCAAAAUCGAUCCUGAUUUGGGCGAUGCCUGGGCGUAUUUCUACAAGUUCGAGUUGCUGCACGGCACAGAGCAACAGCAGCAGGAGGUCGUCGAUCGUUGUAUUUCCGCAGAGCCCACGCACGGCGAAUCCUGGUGUCGAGUCAGCAAAAACAUCCAGAACUGGCAGUUCAAAACCCCUGAAGUGCUGCGUGCCGUUGUCCGGGAGCUAUCCAUACCCACCUAAGCUUAAGUUUAUUUUGAUUAAACGACAUGUAGUCUAGCGCUGCAUCUCUCUAUAUCCUUUAA